CCACACACAACGCACCCUAUGUGCGUUUCGAUUGUUUCGUCGCCGUUUGACCUCAAAGAUGGCAGCUGGAUGACGUCAAUGCAUAAGAUGCCACUGUAACACUGGUAUUUUUGGUAUUUUGUUUUGCGUGCGUGACCCAUCUCGGCAUAGUGUAAAAACCUACCUUUGCGUUCGUGUGGUCUCGCCCAAAAAGUUUUUAACCAGUUAGAGCGCAGAAAAUUCCCGCGAGUUUCUAUAAUCGAGUCUUGCGAUACAAGGUGAUUUAGUUGCGGUUGCAUUGUGUUUUGUUUACUAUUUACUUCGUUUAAAAUCGGUUGCUUUGUCCGUACCUUUUGUAUGUUUGUUGUGGAAUGUUGUUGGAAUGUGGUGUGUGAGGAUGUGAGUGCGAGAAGAAAUAUAUAGCAGAUCUCAAGAACCUCUUGACAGAGGAAGACGUGGGUUUAAGUCUGGGUGUAUUUGUGUGAGAGUGAAGAUCGGCGUCAACUUUCCGAAGGCCUGAAACAGCAGGUUCAAAUUUUCCGAUUUAAUUUUGUGGAGACAGCCACAACUCUAAAAUCGUUUCAAACCGACAAAUUCAGUGUCGGAAGAACUCUUUUCCCGUUUUGGGGAAAACCACAACACUCAGCCCGUCCGAGGAUCUCGCCAGUAACACCACCCCAUUUAGCAAUGGGUUGGCCUCAGGGACUUUCAGCAUUCCUGACCGUGUGGAUUAUGCUGAAUUUGAUGAUAUGUACGACUGCAGCUGUGAAUUGUCCUGCAGGGUGUAGAUGUGGCGUUUCCCAAGCAACCUGCCAAACGCCAUACAACGCAACAACACCUCUACCACAUCAUUCUAUAACAGCACUGGAGUUGAAUGGCGUUGGAGGGAAGGUAGUAAGGUCACUGGCCAAAUGUGAACCCAGCUUAGAGCAUCUUAUUGUCAAUAAUCUUGAAGGAUUCGAUGGCAAAAAUGAAAGCUUAGCUAAACACGAAGAUGGAAAAAGUAUCAUGACCAUCAAUAGACUCAAGGUGCUUCAAGGACUAAUAAUGGAUUUGAAAAAUCUCAAAACAUUGAUUGUGGAUGAGAGCAACUGGGAAUGUACAUGUGACCUGAUUGACUUAGCUGACGCAGUAUCCCACCAAGGUCAGGAUGUUUUCCAUGUGAUCAAACUAUUGAUGAAUCCAGCUUGUCAAGAGCACGGUCUGGAUAUUCAUCAGUAUAGUUCAUUGGAACUCCUCUUUUUGUGCUAUUCUGGUUCAUCAAAGUCCAAGUCAAGAAGUCUUCAAGAGAUUCUCAAGCUAAAGAACAAGAGCAGUCUGAGAGAUGCUGCUCAUUCCAGGGUCCGACGUGCUAGAAGAAGAAAAAACAAAAAGCGCAGAAAGGGUAAAAAGGGCAAAAAGGUCAGAAAAGGAAAAAAGAGGAGAAAAGGCAAAAAGAAAGGAAAAGGCAGAAAGAAAGGAAAGGGCAGAAGGAAAGGAAAAGGCAGAAAGAAAGGAAAGGGCAGAAGGAAAGGAAAAGGCAGAAGGAAAGGAAAAGGCAGAAAGAAAGGAAAGGGCAGAAGGAAAGGAAAAGGCAGAAGGAAAGGAAAAGGCAAAAAGAAAGGAAAACUUCAAAAAGUUCAAGAGGCUGCACCAGCUGAAGAGGAGGUUGUUCCAGUUGAAGCAGAAAUUAAGCCUGUUCAACAGGAAGCAGCACCAGUUGAAGAGGAGGUUGCUCCAGUUGAAGCAGAAAUUGAGCCUGUUCAAGUGGAGGCUGCACCAGUUGUAGAGGAGGUUGCUCCAGUUGAAGCAAGAAUUGCACCUGUUCAACAGGAGGCUGCACCAGUUGAAGAGGAGGUUGCUCCAGUUGAAGCAAGAAUUGCACCUGUUCAACAGGAGGCUGCACCAGUUGAAGAGGAGGUUGCUCCAGUUGAAGCAAGAAUUGCACCUGUUCAACAGGAGGCUGCACCAGAUGAAGAGGAGGUUGCUCCAGUUGUACCACGACUUAGGCCUGUUCAACAGGAGGCUGCACCAGUUGAAGAGGAGGUUGCUCCAGUUGUACCACGACUUAGGCCUGUUCAACAGGAGGCUGCACCAGUUGAAGAGGAGGUUGCUCCAGUUGUACCAAGACUUAGGCCUGUUCCACAGGAGGCUGCACCAGAUGAAGAGGAGGUUGCUCCAGUUGUAACACGACUUAGGCCUGUUCAACAGGAGGCUGCACCAGUUGAAGAGGAGGUUGCUCCAGUUGUACCAAGACUUGAGCCUAUUCAACAGGAGGCUGCACCAGUUGAAGAUGAGGCUGCACCAGCUCAAGAGGAGGCUGCACCAGCUCAAGAGGAGGCUGCACCAGCUCAAGAGGAGGUUGCUCCAGUUCAAGAGGAGGUUGCUCCAGUUCAAGAGGAGGUUGCUCCAGUUCAAGCAAAUGUUGUAACCAAAACACAAGAAGGUGAUCAAGAUACAUCAAAGUUACAAGAGCCAGUUGAAGAAGAACCCGGUAAAAUUGAUACAGGAUUAAUGAGUGAGCUUCGGGACCUUUUGGCAUCUACAAAGAUCGAUCUUCCAGUUGACAUCAAUGACCCCUAUGACCUAGGUCUUCUUCUGAGACACUUACGCCACCAUUCUAAUCUUCUAGCUCGCAUAGGAGAUCCAAAUGUUAAGCAGAAAGUUCUUAGUGCAAUGGAUGAUGGAAAAGACAAUAAAGAAUUAAGCAUCUAGAACAAGAGUGACACCAAUGCAGUGGGCUAAUUUUCAUCAUCAGUUGGUUUGUUAAUCUAAAGAUUUAAAAGAUCAAUGUAUUAUGGUCAGUGGUGGUGAAGACUGUUUUGGGUUGGGUUUGUUUUUUGGGGAUGGGGGCGAUUCUAAUUUAAAGAUUAUCAAAUCAAACUUCCCUGAAGUUAUGGUUAAACCAAAUUGCCAAUAUUUUGUAUUCAUUCAUUCCUAGAUCACUUUUUGAUUACUAAUAUAAACCCCUUUAUGGAUUAAGUAUUAUACAUACUCCUUAGCUGAUGUGAGUAAAACUGCGGGCGUUGG